CGCAUGUGUAAUUCAUCAGUUUGGAGGGGCGUAGAAAGGAGGCCAUAUUGUACAGUUAAAUUGAAAGAACGAAAAUAAUUAUAUCAUCGUGUAGUCGUACCUGUUUCGUUUCGUAUUUUUACCGUGUACGUUCAGAACGGUGUCAGCCGUUUAUUCCGCGAGAAGCAACAGUGUACAGGGCCCAAUACAAGGCUCCUGGAUUUUUGUAAAUAAUUAUAGAACCGUAGCAGUGUACCCCUGAUAGAUCUAGAUACCGUCCGUCAGUCUGCUAAAAGAGGUUUAUUACUUCAGACGAGAUGGGCACUCGGGACGACGAAUACGAUUAUUUAUUUAAAGUUGUUCUUAUUGGUGAUUCAGGAGUAGGAAAAAGUAAUCUCUUAUCACGUUUCACGAGAAAUGAAUUUAAUUUGGAAUCAAAAUCAACCAUAGGAGUUGAAUUUGCAACUCGCAGUAUACAAGUAGAUGGAAAAACUAUCAAAGCUCAAAUUUGGGAUACAGCUGGACAGGAACGUUAUCGUGCUAUUACGUCUGCGUACUACCGUGGUGCGGUUGGAGCCCUCUUGGUGUACGACAUUGCGAAGCAUCUGACAUACGAAAAUGUGGAAAGAUGGUUGCGGGAAUUACGGGAUCAUGCUGAUCAGAACAUUGUAAUUAUGUUGGUGGGAAACAAAUCCGAUUUGAGGCAUUUACGCGCAGUACCAACUGAUGAAGCGAAAGGAUUCGCAGAAAGGAAUGGGCUCUCUUUUAUUGAAACUUCUGCUUUAGACUCUACUAACGUUGAAACGGCGUUUCAAAAUAUAUUAACAGAAAUUUACAGAAUCGUAUCGCAGAAACAGAUACGCGAUCCACCAGAAGGUGAUACAAUCCGGCCACAAAACGUAGAACCUAUCGACGUGAAGCCAACAAUGAAUUCAGAAGGAAUGCGUAAACAGUGCUGCCAGUGACUCACCUUGCUGCUUAAAAUAAGGACAUACAAAGGGGCAAAGGAGAAACGAAAAGUGGUCGACGGUAAACGUAACAGGUGCAUACAGUACAAGUGUCAAGACUAUUUACGGUUAUAAGUAAAUACGAUUUAAAGUUUCCCAAAUAAUCCGUUGAUCAAGGACACCGAGUAAGACCGUUCUAUUUUCCUUCUUCUUCUUUUUUUUUCUCUUCUUCUUCUUUAUUCUAUCGACUGGAAGCGGGAUUUUAGAUGAAAGUGGGUUGCUGCGAACUGUACUUAAGAUUAUUCUUUUACAUCUUCGUUCACAGUCUCUUCACAUUAUUGAAUUCCGCCUUUCCUUUCACGAGACGAGUGUGGACCCGUUCGCUGCUUUCUAAGCGGCCCACUCCUCUUCUCGCUGCGAGCUCGAAAGGAGAGAAACGCGUUUCAAGCUCCUCCGCAUUAUUUGGGAAAGUUUAAUGUAAAAAUCUCAACGCUAGAAAAAAAUCAUGCCGUGGAUUGGGAUAUAACUAGCGACACAUGUGCACAACCGAGCGAGAAAUACAUGCGAUCUAAGGACGUCAUUGGAAAAUAAUUCCUGCAAGGAAGAUAAAAUACGCACGCACUAACUUGUCCCUAAAAUUCAUCCGACCUCCCUCCAUUCUCCUCUUCCUGAAGGAUCUUUAACCCACCCUCUCCCUCUCUUUCUCUCCUCCCCUGUCUCUCUCACUCUCUCUCUCUCUACCUUUAUCUCUGAUACGUUACGAUAAAUCAGUGUGGUAUUACUGCUUCUUUGUAAUACAUGUGCAAUUCUACUCAACGCGUAGUGAGCGAGAUCUUAAAUACGCGAACGGUUUCUAACAUUAUAUCUUAAGGUGCAGCUGAGAUCCUUGGCCAAACUUGAAAAGUGUUUCUGACAGUAUACGAGGAUGGAAGGAGUUUGAUAUAUAUAGGACAUAUAGGGUCUGCGAAUAUUCUCCAGCAAAGGGAUGUGUCUAUUCCCUGGAUGGGAACCAUGGAUUUUAAAUAUUUCUGAAUGCAAUAGACGACGCACGGGUAGAUUUAACGAAGUUCGUUGAGGAUUCAUGUAAAGUUGAACAGGAUCGAUUUAAGGACUCGCAUUUCUAGCUCUUCUCAUCCUUGUAACAUGUACGAACACACCCAUGAUAUUUGGCCAUACGUUUCAGGAACAGCCUAUAAUAUAACACGUGAACUCUUAUGGUUUAAGUAUAAAAAGGAGAAAAAAAGAACACACAGAGACACAGACACACAUACAAAUGCACAGCAAUAGUGGAAACCAAAAGAA